GGACGCUUGUGCGCAUGCGCCGUUGGCAGAACCCAGAUGGUCCAAUCAGCUAUUUUAACACACGACACGAAUCUCGGCGUGAUUUCCAGAAGAUGGCGACGGCUCUGGUGGUGUCAAGUUCAGUUCCUUCAAAUCCUGAAAAGGAAAAAUGUCAAACAACCAUUCAGAAGGUUUUGAAUCCUGAAGCAUACAUGAAGCACCCUCUACAAAACAAGUGGGCUCUUUGGUUUUUCAAGAACGACAAAAGCAAAACAUGGCAAGCCAACCUCCGUCUGAUCUCGAAAUUUGACACGGUGGAAGACUUCUGGGCACUUUACAAUCACAUUCAGCUCUCAAGUAACUUGAUGUCUGGCUGUGACUACUCGCUGUUCAAGGAUGGAAUCGAGCCCAUGUGGGAGGACGACAGGAACCGACGAGGCGGCCGCUGGCUGAUCACUCUGUCCAAACAGCAGCGCAGAGCAGACCUGGACCGGUUCUGGUUGGAGACGCUUCUGUGUCUCGUGGGCGAAGCUUUUGAUGACUUCAGCGACGACGUGUGCGGAGCCGUCAUCAACGUCCGAGCCAAAGGAGACAAAAUAGCAAUAUGGACCACAGACUACGAAAACAAAGAGGCCAUUACGCACAUAGGGCGAGUCUAUAAAGAGAGAUUAGGCGUUCCAUCAAAAGUCAUCAUUGGAUACCAGUCACACGCCGACACGGCUACAAAGAGCAGCUCCACGACCAAGAACAAGUUUGUGGCCUGAAGACCAUUAACCACCGUUUCUUUUCUCCUGUUGCCAGCAAAGAUGUUUCUUUGGUUUUCCAUAUAUGUAACCGACCAAGUCCAUCCGCCAACAAAUAUCUUUAAUGGCAAUGAAACGUCUUCUCCUCUGUUUGCCACUUUACCAAAGCUUUUGUUUACGCUGAGAGUACGUGGAGUAAAAAUGUAGAACUAUAGUUUGAGACCUUUCUGAUUUUUGUGGUGGUGGGCUGAAGAUGAGAAUGCUUGGAUGCCCAGUUUUCAUUUUGAAAUGGAAGUGCACAUUUUUGGUGAGUUUUGAUUUAUUCAGCCUUCUAGUGAAUAUAAAUUUGGUUUAAACUGCAGCUCUGUUUCAGUCCUGUUCAUAACGCUCAGUUUAUGUACAGUGUAAAUGUAUAGAUUUAUUGUACAGUGUGUCACAUUUUCAGGAAGACAAGGUAAUCCUGUGGUUAAGUAUCUCUAUUUAUAAGCCUCAAAGCACAGGAAGAUGUCUAACAGCUACAUUUUCAACACCAGUUUGUAAUGAGAAGGAUAUUUUCCAAAUGUUCAUACGUCCAUUCGUGUUUCGGGAGCACACAAACCAUUUGAAUGUGUAAAGUGUUUACUUCAGUUUGAAAGUUGACUUCUUUAAAUGAGUUUUCAUGAUCUUCUGCUUUGAAGUGUACAUAACAUCAUUAUUUCUAUGCCACAUUCAGUUUUGUAUGGGACACAAGCAGAAAUAAGUUUUUGGAGGGAUUGAACUGUGCCUUGAACGCAACACCCUGAGCAGUAAAUGUACAAAGGUUGUGAUGUAAAUAAACAAGUACAGUGGA